CAAAUGAUUCAAGAAAAUUUUGAUAUUAUCCCACAACUUGCUAGCUGUCAAGGUCCCCACACUCAACUAGUAUGAUCUCUCUUCUUACCACAUUCAACUCCAAUCAUUUUAUACAUUCCAUAGUAGUUAUUUAUCUACGUGAUAAUCAUCAAUCUAUACUCUAUAUAUACCUUCAAAACUCUGCAUGCAUUCAUCAAAUACAUCAUUUGGCAUCUAGUGUCCUCCUCUUAACAUAUCUCUCUCUUUCUAUAGCAUUUGGUUGGAAUAGUAUUCUAAGCAUCAAAAUGAGAGCUAAAGUUCUUAUUCGAUUUCUUCCCCUUAUUGUGGCCACUCUUUUUGUGGUUACAUCCGCUGGUAACUUUUAUCAAGACUUUGAAAUAACAUGGGGUGAUGGUCGUGCAAAAAUCCUUGAAAAUGGACAGAGUCUUAGUCUUUCUUUAGACAAAGCCUCUGGCUCUGGCUUUCGUUCCAAAUAUGAAUACUUGUUUGCAAAAAUUGAUAUGCAACUCAAACUGGUGCCUGGUAACUCUGCUGGCACUGUCACUACCUAUUAUCUAUCUUCUCUAGGGCCUACUCAUGAUGAAAUAGACUUUGAAUUUCUUGGUAACUUGAGUGGUGAUCCUUAUACACUUCAUACAAACGUGUUUACACAAGGAAAAGGCAAUAGAGAACAACAAUUCCAUUUGUGGUUUGACCCCACCAAAGACUUCCACACAUAUUCUAUUCUUUGGAAUCCUCAAAGCAUCAUAUUUUCUGUGGAUGGAUCACCAAUAAGAGAGUUCAAGAAUUUAGAAACAAAAGGAGUUAAUUUUCCGAAGAACCAACCUAUGAGGAUAUAUUCUAGUCUAUGGGAUGCUGAGAAUUGGGCUACAAGAGGUGGACUUGUCAAAACUGAUUGGUCCCAAGCUCCAUUCACAGCCACAUACAGAAACUUCAAUGCACAAGUUUGUGUUUGGACUUCUUCAGGUUCUUCUUGUUCUUCCAACAAAUCUCCAUCAUCUUCAUCAACUCAAUCAUGGUUAAGUGAAUCGUUGGACUCAAAUGGCAUAGCCAAAGUUCAUUGGGCACAAAAGAAUUAUAUGAUUUAUAAUUAUUGCACCGAUACUAAACGUUUUCCACAAGGACCCCCUUUCGAAUGUCUUGCUUGAACAUUAUUAUGUGUUUUUAUAAAAGACUUAAACUUAGUUCCUCUAUAAUCAUUGCAUAUUGCAUAGUGUAUUGAUCUCUAGAAUGAUUAGAUCUAGAGAUUCUUGCACCAUGCAACAGUUAUAGAAGAUUCUUAUGCAUUAAAUCUCGUACAUAUUGGACAUGUGACAUAUAUGUGAAGUUUUCUUUCUUGUGUAAAUUUCCAUUAAAACUAUAUGGCUGAUGAUUGUAUUGUAAAUUUCUGUGUUGUUUGUGUUUGUAAAAAGACAUGCACGAUAUUCAUAUUAAUAAAUGGGAAAUUGUAUAUUGUAUUGUUCAAAUAUAAUAUUAUUUGAAUUUAA